GACCCCAAAAUAGAUUUCUUCCUGUGUAUUCUACUCUGCAUUCUCCAGAGAGUAAACGAAGAAAGGCGAGGGAGGGUUGGUCGUCGCUUACUUCACCUCGUGAAAAUGAACGGCGGCCCAUCUGGUUUUCAAAAUUCUCCUGUCACAAAAGCGUUCGUUGUUGCGUGUGCCCUCUUCACAGUCACUUUUGGGAUUCAAGGCCGUUCGUCGACGCUUGGAUUAUCUUAUCAGGAUGUUUUCAGAAAGUUUCACUUUUGGAGGUUCCUUGCAUCAGGUUUUGCCUUCUCAUCAACACCAGAACUGAUGUUUGGAUUGUACCUGCUCUACUACUUCAGAGUAUUUGAGAGACAGAUAGGGUCAAAUAAAUACUCAGUCUUUAUCUUGUUCUCCAUGAUCGUGUCAUUGCUUUAUGAGGUCCUGUUAUUGUUUCUCGUUAAAGAUCCCUCUAAAGUGCUAGCAUCUGGACCCUAUGGUCUCAUAUUUUCUUCAUUUGUGCCAUUUUUCUUUGACAUUCCUGUUUCAACACGGUUUCGUAUUUUUGGCAUUCACAUCUCUGACAAGUCAUUCAUAUAUUUAGCUGGUAUUCAGCUUCUUUUAUCAUCUUGGAAGAGAUCUAUCUUACCAGGCUUGGGUGGCAUUCUUGCUGGCUUCCUAUAUCGCAUUAAUCUUUUUGGCUUCCGUAGGAUGAAGUUCCCUGAAUUUGUCACUUCAUUCUUUUCGAGCCUUCCAUGGCCCUCUGCUGGAGGUUCAUCUCCUACAGCAUCAAGUGGAAAUAUUAUUGGAAACAUGCCUUCUUACACAGGCCGCCCAGUGGAGGGAAACUACCAUUCUGUUCCUGUUGCAUUCACUAUGGAGCCACUUGAGGACUCCAUUGCUACUCUGGUCUCAAUGGGCUUUGACAGACAUGCAGCCAGACAGGCUCUCGUACAGGCUAGAAAUGACAUGAACAUUGCAACAAACAUACUCCUCGAAGCUCAGGGCCAUUGAUUGAAGCCUGGUGAAAAUUUUUGCUUGCAAACAGAUGAAGAAAAGGAAGUUGGGUUGUGAAGAGUAAUCACAGUAUAUCCAUCUAGGCGAAAAAAACAUCAGAGAAGACUAACCAUCUGCUAAGACCCAGAUCAAUCUGCUAUCUGGAAGCUGACAAGGCACUCAUGGUACCAUUAUUAUUUUCUUAUUUUUCUGUCAAUUCCUUAUUCUGAGCUCUUAGUUUCAAUAUAAUCUAAUUAUACACUAGUGUAACUCUUAGAAUACGAGCCUUGUACAAUUUGCUUAUAGUGUACUUGCUUUGCACAUUACUUCAAAUGCACUGAAGCUUUGUAUAGUUGAAGCCUAAAAAUGUGCAGCUGUACUAGUGUGGUUCACUUGUGCCGAUAUGGUUUGACAUUUUUAACAUUGUUCGAGUUCGCUCAUGACUGAACCAUUGGAUAUAAAGUUAAUCUUCAAAGCUCC